GGGGAGGCGAGGGGCUGAGCGCGGCGUCUGUGCGGGGCCGGCGCGGACCGGCCGGUAUGGCGGCGCUCAAGUACGCGGGGCUGGACGACACCGACAGCGAGGAGGAGCUGCCGCCCGGCUGGGAGGAGAGAACCACGAAGGACGGCUGGGUCUACUACGCCAAUCAUCUGGAAGAGAGAACUCAAUGGGACCAUCCUAAAUCUGGGAAACGAAAGCGAGUUGCAGGAGAUUUGCCAUAUGGGUGGGAACAAGAAACAGAUGAAAAUGGACAGGUCUACUUUGUUGACCACAUAAACAAAAGAACAACAUAUCUUGACCCAAGACUGGCAUUUACAGUGGAAGAUGCUCCAAUGAAGCCCAGCACAAAGCAGAAGUAUGAUGGAAACACCACUGCAAUGGAAAUACUCCAGGGCCGUGACAUGAGUGGGAAAGUGGUUAUGAUCACGGGAGCAAAUUCAGGAAUAGGGUUUGAAAUGGCAAAAUCCUUUGCGCUGCAUGGUGCACACGUCAUCCUUGCCUGCCGAAACAUGCAGAGAGCCAGUAAUGCUGUACAACGCAUUCUAGAAGAAUGGCACAAAGCCAAGGUAGAAGCAAUGACCUUAGACCUUGAAUCUCUUCAGAGUAUCCGGGAGUUUACUGCAGCAUUCAAGUCCACAAAUCUGUCUCUCCAUGUGCUGAUCUGCAAUGCUGCUAUUUUGGGUGCUCCUUGGCAACUGACUGAGGAUGGUCUGGAGUCCACCUUUCAAGUGAACCAUCUGGGGCACUUCUAUCUCAUUAAACUCCUCGAAGGUGUUCUUCGUCGCUCAGCGCCUGCAAGAAUCGUGAUGGUUUCUUCUGAAUCACACAGGUUCACUGAAAUUAAAGACCGCUCUGGAAAACUUGACUUCAACAUGCUUUCCCCAUCUAAGAAGGAAUACUGGGCUAUGCUGGCCUACAACCGUUCUAAGCUUUGCAAUAUUCUUCUAUCCAAUGAGCUCAACCGCCGACUCUCUCCCUAUGGAGUGAUAUCGAAUGCAGUGCACCCUGGAAAUAUGAUGUACACAUCCAUUCAUCGCAACUGGUGGGUGUAUACCGUGCUGUUUACUUUGGCUCGGCCUUUCACCAAGUCCAUGCUACCAGAACGUCUAAUAACGAAGGCUCUCUUAAUUUCUGACCAUUUGAAUGCAGUUCAGCGUCUGACCCACCAAGGGGAGCUGUAGAUUACUAUGGACAGCUCUUUGCUUUCACAAAACUCAAGUGAUCAACUGGGGGGUUUCAUUUUCUUCAAGCUCUCUUUUCUUGCCACUUCUUCCGUGAAUGGUUUAGCCUUUCUCAGUACUUCUGUGGGAAUGAGGAACAUUGGGACUUUUAAAUACAUCCCUGGUGUUGUGAUACAGCAUCAAUAUAUCUAUGUGUGAAGUUAGUGCCUCUGCUACUGAAUAAUCUGGUACAGAAGUCAAUGAACUUAAUGCAGUAUUGGUAAUCCAAGGGAGUUUGAGUUAAAUGCUUUUGACAUGCAGAAUCAAAAGUCAAGGGCAAAGCAGACUUUAAAUAUGCCUUCUGCAGAGCCUGGGAUAGCUGUAAUUGAAUCCUCGCGUGAAACAUAUUAUCUGAAGUAAAGCUAGCUGGCAUCUCAUCUUCAGAUACCAAAGCAUUUGGGUGCCUUCUCCACACAAACGUUCUUUUGACAUUGUUGAACAUCAAAACUCCCAGAUAAUUUAUAGUGAACAUGCAGAGAUAUUGAUGCAUUGAUACAAAGCAGGGUAAGUUCCAGGCACAGUGGUAGCUCCUGCAAUUGGUUCAACAGCUGCUGAAGUAUAAUCAUUGCAGAAUUAGGAGAUUUGUGAUCUAUUGGUGAUCCUGUAAAUCAGGGAGGAGCAACUUUCACCAAAUCCAUCAGUGAAUGUUACAUUUACUUCAGAACUGAUUGGAGGCUCCAUUCAUACCUGGAUAUAUACUUUAAUACUCUAUUAAAUUGCAGUGAAACUUGCAAUUUAAAUCUGAAGUGGAAUAGGCUGUAUAUUGGCUUAGGACACAGGAGAGUUAUCAGUGUGGCUCGUGUUAGAUAGAGUAGCAUGAUGGACUGCCGGGCUCUUUGCCACUCAGUUUUAACCUCUGCUUUGAGAUUCCAUUCAUAUUUGGAGUGGUCCUGUGUAUCAGCCUUCCAUACUCCAAGCAGCCUGCGCUGCUUUUGUUACAGCCCCAUCUGGUUUGCCUUCCUUUCCCAGCCCACCUCACGCUGUUGUGCGUUACUUUUGCAAAUAGGAAUGAUCUGGAAAAAGGGUGUUGGAGGCAGCGAUCACACUCAGCAUCCUCUAGAACUUAGGGUCACCUGCUGAAAUUGAUUUGGAGUUUAUUCAGGACAGACAAGAAUAGCUUCUGUCGAAAUACAUACAGCUUUGUAUGAACUUUGAUGGUGAUAACCAGCUUUUAAAAGAAGAGCAGACAAAUGCACAGAGGACGGGUCUAUCAGUUGCUGUUACCCAUGGCAGCAGCAGUUUCCAGUGCAAUAUACUGCUGAAAACCAGGUACAGCAAGGAGACAGUAAUGGGGCACCUUGUCCGUGGGCUGUUUUGAAACGUUAGUCUGCCUGCUGUAGGAAGCAGCUGCCUGGAUUAGAAUGCCCUUCGAUCUGAUCCACCGCCACCAUGCCAAUUCCUCCUCCUCCUCUCUGCUACUUCUACUGCCCCCCUCACGCCCUUCGCACCCUCUUCCAUUCACAUUCGAUUGCUGCACUUCACCUUACCCACUGCCUGGCUGUUAAGCUUUCAUUCCCUUGUGUAGUCACCCUGAGGUGUGCCUUGCCCAGCAGCCUUUGAUGGAUGAGGAUGCCAGGUUUGUAGUUAUCUGGAAAGAAGAUCCUUCAACUAAUCAGCAUCUGUACUUUUCUAAUCUCCAAGUCUUCCUAUACUACAAAGAUGCCAGAAAGAGGAAUCAUGUUUUUCUCCCCAUGUCAAACAGACUGGGAUUUCACUGGGAUUUGCACUAUUGCCAUCUUGCUUGUGCAACACAGCAACUUGAGUGGUGGAGUACAAUGAACAGAGCACAUAACCAAAAGAAAGAAAUAAGGAUUGACUGUAGGUCAGGGGGUUGUUCUAACUCAUGUGAAUGAGGUGCUGUGAUAUAGUGAAAUUGCAAAAAAUUAUCCUAGCUGAAUUUCCAGGUCAUGCCACCCUUCCCUCAAUCUAGAAAUGGCAUGGAAAUGGUUGCAAAGCACAGGAGAUGCCCUGCAGAGUGUUGAUGCCAUGUGAAGCACCUUCAGCCUACCUUUGGUGAAGAAUCACAAGGCAUGCCUUAUGAAGAGAAGCUGUCAGCCCCAGCUAGUUAUUGCGAGGAUCGAAAUAAAAGAUGAGAGAAUUGUGUACAUCAUCCUGAGUUUGUUGAAUGUAGACAAGAUAAAAAUGUAGUUUCAAAACAACAACUAAUUUGGGUGAUACUUACUCAAGAUUCUUUUUCCCUCCACAAGUCUUCUAUUGAUAUUUUUUUUUCCCCUCCAACCAAGGAAGCAUCUUCUUUCGGGGUCUUAAAGGCAUGGCAUUUGUUGCAAGCCAUCCUGAGACACUGUUAAGGAUGGGCUAGAAAUGCUGUAAAUAAAUAAAUGGAUAUCAUCCAGACACUUUCCCAAGGUCAGUAGAGUAAAAGACAUGUGGGAAUCAAACAGAUAUUUCCUGUUUGCAGACCAGUUGGCUUCAUCCCUUCUACAAAUACAAUCAAAAGCAGGCAAUCGGCAUCUGUAAGCAGAGUUCCUGUUGGUCCCUGCUGCAGACUGUUGCAACUUGGGCCUUCCUUUUUGAUAAAGGUUAUGACAUGAGCUCCAAAAGACUAGAGAAAAAAUAAAAUGCCAGAAAAGUGAAGGAAAUGCCCUGACUGUUAUUGAUUCCCGUGGUUGUGAGCUCACAGGCACACUGACACUGCAUGCACUUAAUUGUAAUUGUAUUGAGCAUCCUUUCUGCCUUGUUUGUGUGCCUGAGACUGUCACUCACCCUGACUGAUGGCCUUCAUUCCAUCCGAGAUCUUGCAAGACAGUCCUCCUCGGCUUCCGGACACCUGGCUUGGUCUUAGUGGUGCCUGCCCAUGUUCCCCGUCUUCCUGCUGUUGAAGUGCACAGGGGAAGCAGCACUGCAAAGCCUCAGGCUCCAAGGCACCUGCUUCUAUGCUAAGCCUGAUGCAAGGCCAAAGAUGAAAAAUGGGCUUGGUACCAGGCGUACUGAACUCCUCUCCUGCAGUCCUUCACAGGUUGAACAGGUAAUCCAUUGCCUCCGAGUUUCACCGGGUUGUCUGCAUACCUGCUUCUCUGCAUAUCUGCCAUGAGCAAGUGCACUUUUGUGAUUGUUGGAAAUGAAACAAAAUGAAACCAAAGCAAAGCGAAAAAGAUUCUGCAAGGGAUUGAGAAAGGGCAACUCCAGUUUCCAAAGAGCAUGGCAAAGUGGAUCUAGAAAUAAGCUGAUAGAUAAGAUAGGUACACUUUAGGAUCCCGCUCCAACAACAAAUAGCCAUAUAAGAGUGGCUCUGUUACUUAGGACCAAAGGUCUCAUGCCUAAGACCCAAGUUGCAAUCUAGCAUCCUGUUUCACACAGUGGCAGUCUUUAAAUAAUUUCAUGAUGCGUGGCUGGUUAGGCUAUGGUAGGAUAGCAAGGGAUCUGUUUCUGUUGAUUUGCCCUUACUGGAUAUACAUCUGUAUUGAUCUUUUACUGAUAGUUCACAAACAGAACCCUAAAAUAUGCUUUUAUAUGUUAACUUAUGUCCCUGGAAGAAGGGCUCAUUUAUGAAAACAAAGGGCUGUAGCUUAGUGGUAAAAUGGGUGCUUUGCAUGGAAUCGGUCCCAGGUUCCAUCUCCAACAUCACAGACAGGUCUGGGAAAGCUUCCAAUCUGGAGGACCACUGGUGGUCCAUGCUGAUAAUACUGAACUAGAUCAGGGUGGGAAACUUGUAGCCCUCCAGAUCUUUCAGCUUACAACCCCCGUUAGUCCUCUAUAACCAGUGCUAAGGAACGAUACAGUUUUAAGCCAGAAUAUCUGAAGGCCCACAAGUGGCCUUCUCCUGAGCUAGAUGAACCAGUGGUUUGAUUUGGUAUAAGGCAGAUUCCUAUGUAGUGCUUAAAGACUAGACCCAAGCACUCCAAAGCAGUCCACUUUAGAGGCAUGGAGAUGCUUCAUACCUACAUCUCAUCAGCUGAGGGCUGCAACAUCUAGUGAUAACUUGCCUGUGUGAAUUACAAGCCAUCAUGGAUAUACUGCAAUAGUCUGCUGAUAGCACUACACGUGCUGUUUCAGUGUGGUCAGCCAGCUAGUUAUCUUUGUAUAGUAUCAAGAAAUGUGUGCGCAUGUGUGAACUGAGCCAUAGCAUCUUCUGAAGUACAGAACAUACAGACAAUAAGUAGGUUCACCUGCCAUAUAAUAGUUGUGCUUGUUCGUAGCACAUUUUGCGUGCUACGAACAAGCACGCAUUUCUACCACCCUCACACCAACCCUGCAAGUAGCCUUGUCCCCAUGUGGCAAAAGGCAGGAGAAAAGCAUUUGGGUACUAAUGAUUCACAACCCAUGGUUUGCUGUAGGAUUGUAAUUCUGGUUUGCGUAUGGUUAACAAACUAUGUUAGAGGGGUUGGGAUCACGAAGCAACCCACAAUUCAACAUCAGCAUAUGAUUCAACAGUGCAUUACUAUGUUUUGUGAACUAGGCUAGUGACUUGCUUAAGGACACCAAAUGGGUGUUCCUGGCUAGCAGCUUCCGUUCUUAACUACUUCACAUACACUUCACUCCCAUAAUUGCGAAGGGAUUUGGAUAGCUGCAAGCAGGAAUGCAAAACAAGUGGUGAUAAAAUAUGGGCAAGAUGAAAAGGUUGAAUUGCAAUGGAGCCAUCUUGAAAAGUUUUGUAGACGGAAUGGAAUGUGAUGGGAGCUAAUGUUUCCCCAGGAGUAGAAAAGAUACUGGGAAGAAAGAAGGAAUGGCUGAAGAAAGAAAUGUUUGUGAAAAAGUAACCUAAGUUCUAAGAGCAAAUAAAUAAACAACUAAAAAUUAUUCACACUGCCCUUCUCUAGUACAGAACAUUGUGUCACUUAGCUCUUUUAUGGUAGCAGUUGUGUUAGCCUUGUCAACAUAUUUUACUGGCCUCUUUUACUGUCACAUUUGCUUCAGAUGCCUAAUUUUAUGUUAUUGAGAUGAUGUUCCCCACUUGUGUUCAAAUAAUCAAUACAAGUCCAAGCACUGUUCUGUGGAGAUCACAUUAUAUGAGUUUAAUAACAUACAAUACGGGCUUUGAUGUAUACGUGGUGUGUAUUUGCCAGGGUUUUUCUUCCUCUUUUUAAAUGCAGAAAUUCUUUUGGGUUGUGUUUAUUCUUUCUGUCAGUACACUUUAUAAUAUCAAAGCUUUUCCAGAGGAGUGUAGGACUACUGAGUUAUGUUUAGGUCAUGUUUUGCUGGGUGCCCUUUAAUACUGUAGCUUUAGAAAUGCAAUUUUCAGCCUCUGCUUAUUAGAAUAUGAUAAAGUAUUCCUGGUCUAUGUCCAGCUCCACUAAUCUCCAGACUACACUUCAUGAAUUAGGCAUGAAGAUUUUAGUCAAUGUGCUUUCAAAGACCAAUGUUUAGGGAAUCAUGGAUUUUCUACAAGCUGAGGGAGAAAUCUAUAAUAGGAGGAACUGAUUUUCAAACAUCAUAUUUCGCUGAAAGAAACGACCAGUUUCUGCCUUAGAAACAGUACACAUUUUCUUAUUAGAAUACUGAAAGGCCAGUGUAAAAUGGACAGUAUACUUUUAAUGGAGCAAAGCUCCGUAGCUUUAAAAAAUGCUCAGUAACUGCUCAGUCUUGUACCCUAAUGCAUCAUGGUGGUGGGUCAGUUUUUCUAUGACAGUUGGGCCCACAAAUCACGUAAAUUUGGACAUAUUUAACAAGGGGCCUGUAUUAACGGCAAUAGUUAGGACUCCAGGCGAUCUGUCUGCAGAGGGUGCAUUCCCAGGGCCUUGGGAGGGAAAUGGCGCCAUGGGCAGUGACCCCUCUUGCACAAGGAUGGAGGAUGCUAGUGAGCCACAGGCAGCUCUUCUGGCCAGCCUCUCCCAUGUGGCAAGCGGCAUUUCCCAAACACCCACUGGUUUUAAAAGCAGCUCAUGAUUUGCCAUUAAGUAUGCCUAUGAACUGUAGCAAGUAGCCAAUGAUAAGAACUGGAUCCCAGCUUCACUAAGUUGCAGCGAGCAGACUUGCAGCCCAGCUUAGCAUCGUGUCUGUAGCUUACAUUACACUUGUACUCCAUAGUAAGUGCACUGCUGGAAGCAGCCCUUCAUCCUUCACACAGCCAUGCCAUGGAAAAGCUAUUUCUGUCCUGCAGUUCUACAGCCUGCAGUACCAAUGUGAAAGGGGCAUGACUAGGACUGGGUCUGCAUGUCUGAAUGCGUAAGACCAGAUCUGGCCAGCUUGCAUUGGCUGCCGAUAUGCUUGCAGUCCUAAUUCAAGAUACUGGAUUCAACCUAUGAAGUCUUACAUGGCUUAGGACUACAAUACCUGCUGGAAAGCCUCUCCCAACCACCAUCUACUUGGACACUACACCUAACCUCUGAGGUUUUUAUAGCUUUCAUACAUCCUGUAGUGCAUGACCCUGCCUAAUCUUGGAAGCUGCGUAGGGUCAAUCCUGGUUAGAAUCUGGAUGGAGACCUGGGUUCUGCACUGAGCAGGGGAUUGGAUCCAGCGGCCUUUUAGGCCCCUUCCAACUGAUCCUAUGAUCAUACAGUGGCAAUUAGGCAGUGGGCUUUCUCUGUGGUGGCCCCCCAUCUGUAGAACAACAUCUCCACUGCAGCCUGGCUGGGGCCCAAUGUGCCACUUUCUUGGCAUCAGGUUAAGAGGGCUCUCUUCUCUGAGGCCUUUAAAGACUUACUUGGUCAUCAAAAGUCUUGAGAGAGAUUAGCCAUUCCAGGUGUUUUGCAGAGUCAUUCUUUGCUAUUGUAUCUUUUUAGAUUUAAAUGUCUAUUUUUUCUGAUUUUAUGAUGCUUGUAUUGCAUUUUUAUUGUCUGUUUUUAUGGAUUGUUGCCCAGAAAGUUUUGGCUGUGGGGUGGUAUAGAAAUGAAAUUAAUCGAAAUAGUAGGGCUCCAGCCAUGGAUCUAUUCUCAGGACUCCUGUGUUGAUUGAUGCCAACUGGAAGAUUUUAUUUUGCACUUAAUUGUAUAGUGCACAGGCAACCUCUCCACAGGAAAAGGAGGGAGAGACCUAGUUAGGAGGGAGAAGGGCUGGGCAGGAAAAGAUAGCAACCUAAUUGUAACUGAAGAACUACUGACUGACCUGCUGUUGGGUGCAAAUUAAAUAUUUAUUCUAGUUUAAGUGACUUGGAUGAAAAAGUAAUUGGCUGGCUUUCUUUCUGAAAAUCUAAGUAAAUCCUAAUAAUUCUUUUUAUUUGCACACACACACACAAACAUAGAGAGAGAGGCAUAUAUAAAUUUGUGCUUAGGUUGCUGAUGGUUUACAUGCCUGUCCUAAAAGCUUGCACAGGGUUUAACACCUGGCAGCUGCCACAAAAGUUUUGGAGGCACCAAGGUUGCCGCAAUCAAGAGGGACACCAUGCAGCGUUUUGGAUCGUCUGGUGUGACUAACAGCAGAGUUGCCUUAUUCAGGGAAAACACAGUAACCCAGCAUGUAGUUUUAGAGGCAGUGAACAAAAACUAGAGGAACGCUGGUUUGAAAGAAGUUCCAAAUAAUCUUACUUUUAUUAGUCCUACCACGCACGUUGUUGGAGAAGAUUGACCCAAGAAAUACAUCCAAGAUCUCUCAAUGUUAAAAUGCCAGUUAGUGAAAAGAUCCUGAAUAAAUAGCAGUGCUGGCAGAAAAAGGGGUUAUUUGCUUACUACGUUCACAGUACUUUUUAAUCCGUCCCUUCUCCCACGGAGGCUCAGAAGAGGGUACAUAGGUUCUCUCCACCUCUUAUAUUCCUGACUGGCCCACAGUGCCUCCCACUGAGGUUCCCACAUGAGAUUGGCAAUUUGGACCAGACUCUCCGCAGUCCUAGCCACUGCACCAUGUUGACUCUUAAAUUAGCUGGCUUCUUACUUUCUGUUUCUUGUCUGUUUCAGGUUAUACUGGAUUCCCCAUAGCUUUUAAGUAGAAUAUUGUGUCAUUUUGUAAAGUGCAUGAAUGGCAUUAUUCUGUGACCUAACUGUUUGCAAAGGUUUGAUUGCACUAAUAUUUAGUGAAGGGGAUAUACCAGAGGCAGCAAAUGCCUUGGAAAAAAGUUUGCCUUUCCGUACGGCGCCAGGUUGGUGGUGAUGGUGAGUGAAGGAAUCUAUAUUUUCAAUGUACAAAGGAGAGGAGUUGAAUUUCCAGUGUCAAGUUCUUCAGGGAAGGUGAAAUGGGGUUGUGAAGUUCCAUGAACCGUGUCUGUGCUGAAUAUACUGACAGAACUAAGCAAACAUGAAGUCAUCCUAAUUACUGAUGAGCAAAGGGACAUUUUUCCACUGCAUUCCUUUCCCCUUUUUAUAAAAGGCAGGAUGCUAUUGUUGUAGCUCUGAGAGCCCCCAGGCUGCUCAGAAAACAGGCAAAAAAUCAAUAGCCCACUUGUUGAGGAUAAGUGAAUUAGCUUGUGUUGAAUGUAACCAAGUACCUGAACACUUCACUGAGCAGCUUUGGUUUUGUGAGAAAAGAGAAUUGUAUGGAUUGUCUUGCCUUGGCUGGGACCAGUCCUGAUCUCUGAUUAAUCAUGCCAAAGGAGGAGGCGUUGCCCAGUUAUCCUGGGUCCUAAUAUGCAAUUCUCUCUCUCUCUCCCUCUCUCUCUCUCUCUGUGACUUUCUGUCUGCAGAAUUAUCUCUAGCCCAAACCUUAUUAUGAAACUCUUCAGAGGAAAAAUAGCCAAAGAAAUUCAAAUCACUGUGUACAGCAUUUUCAUCACAGACCAGAUCUGGAAGUCCUACUUUAUUCCUUUUUUCCUCACUGAUGGGAGAAAAAGGGUGAAUGUAUGUCUUUGUCUUGGGUGUGACCCAUCUCCGUAUUCACUGUAAAACAUACCCCACGUGCACAUAUGUUUCUUUGUUGCUCUAUUCUCAAAUGGCUGU